UUUACAGAUUACGGUACUGGUCUCGGUGCCUGUGGAGUCACCAAUAAUGACCAGGAUUAUAUUUGUGCCGUUUCAAAAUUAUUAUUUGAUACCUUCCCAGCACCUGGUGGAAAUCCUAAUCUGAAUGAAAUUUGCGGACGCAAGAUCCAUGCCACCUACAAAGGAAAGACGGUCACAGUGACAGUGACAGAUCGAUGUGAAGCUUGUGCUGUACAUGAUCUUGACUUUGCACCAGCGGCCUUUGAUCAAAUUGGAAGCCGCGAUGAAGGUAGACUUCAUGGCAUGACCGUUAGCAUCUUUUACUCCUCCACUCUUUCUAAAUAA